CACAUCCCGGAGUGCGGACUACAGAGCUGCUGCUGCGCUGCGUUUCGGUCCUGUCCUGCUGUCAACCUGCAGCCAUAUGAGCGAACUGCUGUUUGAGGCUUAAAUAACAUCAGAGGAAAACAAGGAGAAACAAACACAAAUAGGUGGUGUUGUGCUGGACAGACAAUGGCUCUCUCCUGGAGUAUGUUGCUGCUGUUUGCCACCCUGGCACUGUCAUACAGCGCUGAGCAUGGAGCUCCUCGUGGCAAGAGGAGGCAGGCGCAGACCUCAGCAGGUGGCAGCAAUGCCCUACAGUACCGCUCGCAAAUUCUACAGGGCCGCGGAUAUAGCAGGAACCGCAGAGGGCACGGCAGCCGGGGUGCCAAGGCUGGAGCUGGGCUGCUCUCUCACAGGCCCCUGCAACCCUUGGCCAGACCUGAGGAUGAUGGGACAGGCCUGGAAGGUCUCAGCCCAGUGAGACUGGAGAUGGGUCCAGGCAGGGACAAAGACAGAGCUCGAAUGAGUGUGAAGAGUCCAUCCCAGGUCCAGGAGAACCACCUUGCAGGAACACGCAAGGAGAGAGGGCAUGGGCAUGGAAAUGGACAUGGGCACCAUUCUGAGCACAGGAGACAAGGGAGCCGGCGUGAAAAGGGGCGUCACAGAAAAGGGUUUUCUCCAGAGCUGAGCUCUGCAUUGAAGGACAGAGAUCUAUUUGAGGAUCCUCUCUCCUCCUCUGCCUCUGCCACCUCCCCCUCCCUCAGCAUGACCCCACCCAAUGAACCCCCUUCCCCCAUCAUUGGCGUCUUUGGCUCCGGCUCUUCUACGGUUACCACGGUGAUGAACGAGCAUCCCCCAACGCUGUCCCCGGCCUCAACCAAACCCCAGAGGUCUGGACGAGGAAAAGGACAAGGAGAAGUGAUGCCAACGUUGGACAUGGCUCUCUUUGACUGGACAGAUUAUGAGGACAUGAAACCAGCAGACAACUGGUCAUCUUCCAAGAAGAAAGACAAAAGGCGGAGUAAGAACCUCAGCAGUGGAAAUAUGACUGUGGAUGCUGAUGCAAUUGAACCAUGUGACCACCACCUGGACUGUCUUCCAGGUUCCUGUUGUGACCUGAGGCAACAUGAGUGUAAACCUCACAACAGAGGUCUCAACAACAAAUGCUACGACGACUGCAUGUGUGAGGAAGGGUUUCGUUGUUAUGCUAAAUUUCACCGGAAGCGACGCGUGACCAGGAGAAGGGGUCGCUGCGUGGUGCCGGAGUCAGUCAGCAGUGACCAAGGGGGUUUCAUAACCAUAUAAAGAAGAGGUGAUGAAGGCCAAGGUGAAGGAAGAACAUAAAGAAUGACCCCCCUGACCAAGGAGCCACAUCACCCUGCUAAACUGACCAAGUACUUAGAGGUGAUGACUUGCUGGUUUUUCAAAUCAAACCCACAAUAUAUAAAUCACCCUGCUGCCAACACCCAGUCAGCUAAAGCAAAGUAACAGGUGGCCAAAGUGGAGAUAACAUUUCAAUGUUCAGGGGUGCGCAUAAGUGGUUCGCAGGUGCGCAUUCGCUGUCAAAAUAAAAGACGCGCACAGAUAAGAAGUUGCAACGCGCGUUUGCGUACAUAUAAAAGGCACUGUUUUUGUCCGCCAGAGUGGGAUUUUCAUGGCAUAUUCUGCACCACAACUCUGUGCCUUCAUCAUUUGUUUGAAGCCAGCUCACCUCCUGCAACCACUUUUCUGAGAAUACGUGCUUCUUUUGCAGUUUGGACUCCUUCUGACAUUUCUUUGGAGGUGGAGGAACACCAAAGUAAUUGCUUAAAGGAGCUUGCUUCUUCGACAUCUUUAAGAGUUCUAAACAAAUGUCUGUCCUCCUCCAGAAAAUCUUAUGUACGCAAACGCGCGUUGCAACUUCUUAUCUGGUGCGCGUCUUUUAUUUUGACAGCGAAUGCGCACCUGCGGCCCACUUAUGUGCACCCCUGUCAAUGUUGCAUUGUGGGAUACGUUAUGCAGCCUAAUCCAGCAAAUCACCAACUUUAAGCGCACUUGUUUUAAUUUAGUGUUGUUCAUUCCCUGCAGGAAGACGCCCUCUCCAAAUUCUUUUCAUUAAGAAAACCUGCAGGGGGUUUUUUUUGUCUUUUUAUUUGCCUGGUUGAAAAGAUUCACUCAUUGGGUGACACAUCAGUGACUAAAGUUUGUAGCUAUCACACAGAUUAGGUUUUAAUAUUUACUGCCUUCAUGGUUCCUGUUAAUGUGGUUUCAUUUUUAGGCAAGAACAGAUUUUGUAAGUUUUCAUCACGCUGACCUGUUCAAAAUAAUUUUUAGUAUUGCUUUAAGAUCUUUGGAGUCCCAGAACAGUGGUUUUUUCCGCUUCAAGACUUUUAGACCAAGUUAAAUAAAAAUGUAAACAAAAAUAAUGUUAAAAAAAAUUUAUUUUAUCUUGGGCUAUUUGCCGUGACUAUGUGAAGAAGCGUGUCAGAUUUCGUUCCCUGUCCUCUUCUCUGAGCUGGUAUUCCAAACAACUGCUAAAAGUUAUUUUUUAAAUAUUAUCUAAACUGGUCUGCUGUCCUGUACUGUAUAUAUGAUUGUGUUUGAAUUACCAACACCUUUUUUAAUUGACACCACUGUUAAAAAUGUGCUUAAUGAUAGUAAGAUAAACAAAAUGCUUGUCUGACCUUCCAUUUCACAUGUCUGUUUUAUUUAUUCAGUACUCAA